UUUUAUUGACAACUUUCAAACACUUUCGAUCUGACUUGAAGCAAAAAAGACUCCAAUUUUAAAAGCUCAAAAUUCAAAAUUAAAAAGCAACAAAAAUAUUUCGGAGAAAUGGUCAAGGUUGUGGAGGACAUUUUCGGUAUCGCGACCAACCCGAUUACGAAGCAGGCCCAGGUAGUCCGUAGAUAUACGAUCACCAACGCCAACCGCCUCUCGGUGGCCAUCAUCCAACUGGGAGCCACCGUUCAGAGCAUUCAGACGCCGGAUGCCUACCACCAACUGGCGGACGUGGUCCUCGGAUUCGACGACAUUGCUGGCUACACUAAGAACCGAAAGUACAAGUUUGGCUGCACGCUGGGCAGGGUCACGGAUGUCGUGGCCAACGGAGAGUUUAUCAUGGAUGAGCGAAGGAUCAUCGUGUCCAAGAACCUGAACCAGAAGCACCAGGUCAACGGGGGCUUUGUGGGCUUCGAUCAGAUCAUUUGGGAUCUGCACAUGAAACGACCGGAUGGCGUUACUCUGCGACACAUAUCGAAGGACGGGCACGAAGGGUUUCCUGGCAACCUGUACGUACUGAUCCACUUCACCAUCGACGAUGACAACCGGUUCUUCAUCUGGAUCGAGGGCACCACCGAUCAGACCACAGCGGUGAACAUAUCCAACCAUAUUUACUUCAAUCUAGCUGGCCAGAAAACUGGGAAAAGGGGCAUCUUUGAUCACCAGAUCACAAUCGAGGCGACGGAAACGAUGGAGUCCAUGGGCGACGACGGUCUGCCCACGGGGAAUUUCAAGGCCGUAGAUGACUCUGUGUAUGAUAUCCGACUACCGGUGUUCUUGGGCGAUCGCGUGCGUCAGUUCGAGAAGCAAAAGGUGACCGGCUACGAUGUGUUUUAUGCCCUCGACAAGGAGUUCGAUUCCAAUAUAACGCGCUACAUUGCCCGGUUCUUACAUUCGCAUUCCGGCAGAUUUAUAGAGCUUUAUAGCAACCAACCGUGCAUGAAGUUUUCCACCGCUAACAACUUUCCGCAGCAACCGCUUGGCGAGGAACCUAUCCUUGGGAAGGAGUGCACCCGCUACUGGCAGCAUUGUGGUUUCAGUCUGCAACUGCAAAACUAUCCGGAUGCUGUAAAUCAGCCGGAGUUCCCACGGAUAUUUAUCAAUCCCGGAGAGCACUAUUUCCACGAAACCGUUUACCAGUUCGGGGUCCAGGAAUCAUGGAAAUGCUGCGCCGAUCCAAACGAAAUAUCCGAACUUUGCGAGGAGUCAAAAGAAAAGCUAGAACCAGAGCCGAAGCCAGAUCUAGAGCCGGGGCCAGUGCCAGUUCCGGUGCCUGUUAAAAAAACAGGUUUUUAAUUACAAAUUUAGGUACGCAAUGUAAAUUAUUUCGAUGUUCGAUUUUGUAUAAUAAAAUAUUUGUCCAUUUUGGUA